AACAGCUGUUCUACAAUAUUCGGUCGGGCAACUCAGCAUCAACUGUACGAUUACGCUAGCCAGCCGUUUUCCUUGGAGUCGCGUUUUGUUUGGACAGUUGCUUUCUCAUUGUGGAAACUAUUGCUGUGUAGUUUGGACAUUUUAUUUUACAUUUUUUAACGUAUAUUACUGCCACACAGUAUUGGCGUUCAAAGUGUGUAUUUCAAAAUAAUUGCUAGACUACUUUAGCGUUAUGUUUACCAAAAAUCAUCGUUCGUUGUUGUUGUGAGUCUGUUUGAAAUGCCUCCUGAAUACGUGGAUCGAGAGAAGAGUUCCGCAGUGUUAUGUCAAUAGAAUCUCAUCCAACUAGUGAUUUUAGGUUACUUUAUAAUAGAAGAAUAUAAAUUGACAAUGUCUAAUACAGUUCCGACUAGUUCUGCCCUAAGGGCUUUAGCUUUAGAAUACAAAAGUCUCCAGGAGGAGCCAGUGGAAGGAUUUAGAGUCAAGUUACUUGGGGAGGACAAUUUGUUUGAGUGGGAAGUUGCAAUAUUUGGUCCACCAGACACGUUGUACCAAGGUGGUUAUUUCAAGGCACAUAUGAAAUUCCCUCCAGACUAUCCAUAUUCACCACCCUCCAUUAGAUUUUUAACGAAAGUAUGGCAUCCAAAUGUAUAUGAGAACGGCGACCUCUGUAUAUCGAUCCUUCACCCGCCAGUGGACGACCCACAGUCGGGAGAGCUGCCAUGUGAACGUUGGAACCCCACGCAGUCGGUCCGCACCGUGCUACUUUCGGUGAUAUCAUUGCUCAACGAACCGAACACCUUCAGCCCAGCCAAUGUAGACGCCAGUGUCAUGUAUCGCCGCUGGCGUGACUCCAAGGGCAAGGAUAAGGAGUAUGAAAACAUUAUCAGAAAACAAGCACAAGUGGCUCGCAUUGAAGCAGAGAAAGAAGGCAUUGUAGUACCUCUUACAUUAGAAGAUUAUUGUAUUAAAACUCAAGUUAAAUCGACGACGCAAGAACCUCAGUUGGACAUGACAGACUUCUACGACGACGACUACGAUGACCUGGACACAGACUCCGACGAGGAGCUGGAGGGUGGUGAGGGGGACGGCGACGACAGCGGGAAUGGGGAGUCGUGAGGCCGCGCCCUCCGCGCGCUAAUGCGAUCUCACGCAACCGUGUACGGACCACCAGACAACUAUAAUUAUAUAAACAUAUAUAUAUCACCCUGAUAUGUGACAACAUAGCCCAGCGGGAUUAUGGUCUACAAAUAUGAACAGUCUAAUCAAACAAAGAUAAUUGUUAAUAGGUCAUCUCAUUUUCGAGCCUAAAUGUUCAACUAAUGACAGAAAAUUCUGAUGACCGGAACGCAUCUCAUGAAACGUACGGCAUAUUGUUGGAAUAACUGUAAUUUAGAUAAUUCAAUUUGACAAUGUGCAAUAUCAUCGAACAAAAGCGAUCCAGAGAAUGUGUUCCGUAUUGGUCAACUAGAAUUACUUAUAAUGUGCAGCGUUCCUAUCGUCAAGUCUAACUGCAACAGUCUAGGAAGUGAUCAACCAUUGAUAAAAAUUAGUAAAAUGUAUCACGUAUUUUCUCGGCUCUAUGAUGUGCAAAUCGCCUCGUUACAGCUGCUUUUUAUUGGGACUAUAUUCCGAAAACCAUUGUAUUAUGUAUUAUAUAAAUGGACUAAACUUCGAGUGAAGUCAAGAAAAAAAUCACAAAAUCGUGCCACUAGAACUAACAAAUGUGUCACGCAGAGCUGUUAUAGGUCAGCGAGUGUCGCUCUUUUAUAUCAACUUGAUUCUAGGCUAUAUAUUACCGUAUUGUUUAAUGAAACUGUUUAUCAAUCUUUAUUACAGACAACGUGAACAUUUCAGGUAAAUAGAAAUUCUUCACUGGUCUACUUAUUAAAUUUAUGAUAUUAUAAUGUAUAUCAAUUGACUAACAUUUUGGGUAUUCCAUAAUCGAAAUGGAAUUUAAAAAAAAUCGUAAACUUAUGAUCACGAUGUAAAAAAAUUUUAGUUAGUCAAAUACUGCACUCCAAUAAAUUAGUUUUAUUUAAAAUGCCAAAAAAUGUUUUAAACAUACUGAUUUUAAAAAAUGUUGAUUGUUCUGCUGGCUUUUAACACUUCUGUAAUCAGCAUUUAAUGGUUCUUGUAAAUAUAUUAUGAUAAAUAAUAUCAAUAACAUUAUUUUUAUACCGUUUAAGUGUUAAAGAAAAUGUUACGUGACUAUUAAAAAAUAAAUGUACCACAGUUUUGAUGAUAUCCUAAACUUAUUUGUUUAGUUAACUGUCAAUUUCCCCAUUUGAUUAUUCGAUCUAUGCCGAAUGCCGAAAUUCUAGUUAAUUCUAAUUAUAUUAAUUUACAUUGUUGACAACCUAUUUUCAAGUUAUGGAAGUCGAAAUAUAAUUUUAAAUAUUUACCGUUAAGAACAAACUUGCCAUUAAUUUGUGAAAAUGAAGAAAUCAUUAUAUUUAAAUAUUUUAUUGCAAUAUUUUAAAUAAAGUUCAAAUUUAUUUCCUUGAAAUUUGUAUGUGUCAGUUCUGUAGAUUUAAUAAGCGAUAAUGACAUAUUUCGUAAUAAUUAACGCUUACUUACAGUAGUUAUUGCAACCAUAACCCAUAACUAUCUCCUUUACGACGAUGCAAUUCAAAGAAACAUAUGAUGUUACUUAAUCUGAGUUAUUCGUCCGUACACUUUGCUUGAACUAGUUAAAUCAGUCAGUUUAUUAUUUUAAUGUGCAUUAUGUUUCUAUUUUUGAUACGUAAUAUUUAAAUACUUUCUUUUACUUUUAUUGC